CCUCAUCCCCUGGAAAUAAGGCAGGGCUCCUCAUCCCCUGGAUAUAAGGCAGGGCUCCUCAUCUCCAGGACAUCACAGCAGCAGUGCCUGAGCUCAGCUCACCUGGGACUCUUGGAUAUCUCCUUCCACCUGAGGAUAUUUGGCUUCCCCCUCCAGUCAUGCUCCACAAUCCAGUCUAUCCAGCCUUUGGCCAUCACUUUGCUCAGCCUCCCACCAUGCCAGUAGCUACAGAGGUUCAGAGGAGCCCCAAGAUCUCCUUCAACAUUGACUCCAUCCUUGCUAAGGCAGAUAAACCUGUCCCCAAAGUCUAUGUGGACAGAGGCGGCUGGCAGACCCCCUCUCCACCCUCAGUGCACUAUGGCUACUCCUAUGGGGCCAUGCCCUACCCUCCAGUGUGGCUCUACAAACCUGCGGCUGGCUACUCCAACUAUGCCCAGUCCCAGCAGCAGAUCAGGCUGCCCAGAGGAGACUGUAUGUGCUCCGACCCCCUGUGCAAGGAGAAAGGAAUUGCAUACACACAUUGCCCUGGCAGCCCGGUUGGGUCUAUGUCCUGGAGGGCAGCAUCUUGUAAGCUGAAGAGGAUCAGGACUGUCUUUACUCCAGAACAGCUGGAAAGGCUGGAGAAAGAGUUUCUGAAGCAGCAGUACAUGGUGGGGACAGAGAGGGUGGACCUGGCUGCUACACUCAACCUCUCAGAGACACAGGUGAAGGUCUGGUUCCAGAACCGUCGCAUCAAGUGGAGGAAGCAGAGCCUGGAGCAGAAGAAGGCCAAGCUGUCUCAGUACGGCGUCCUCCCCGCAGACCAAGUCUCCGACCACACAGACGAAAGGGAGAUGGAGGACGAGGACGACGUAGACGUAGAGCUCUAGACUUCGUAGACUCAAGCGUCUCGUCUUUAUCUGUUGACCACUAGAACAUUUUACCGUCUGGUAUAAAUGGAUGAAGGGGGUUCUGGCGUCACGGACGCUGCAGACUACUACAGGAGGACGACAUUCUCCUUUGCCAAAAAAACUAAAAAAAGCACUAAAAACUCUUAUAGAUGGAAACCCAACGAACCAACAGAUUGGUGAAGAACGGUUCUUUCAAGAAGCCCCCACUCCUUUGUCCUGUUCUUGGCCAUGAAGACUGAAGGCAACCCCCUACCUCCAUGACUAGAGAACUGUUGCGUUCUGUAUGAAAACUCUUGAUCUACAUGACCCCCGACAUGACCCAACACCUGGGUGCCCUAUUUUUUUGUAGACCAUCCAUUGGGGCAUUUUUGGACUUUGUUGGUUCUGAAGGACUUUUACAUGGCUUUUCUACUGUCUUCCAUACAUGAUAAAAGUUGGCUUCCUACGUUCCUGAUCUAGAGGGUGUAGAUUUUAUCUAAAAUGGGGUUGGGGCGUAGAAUUUCCCAUUAAUAAGGCACAGUGCA